GUUCUGCAGUAAACCGGGCUGAGGCACAUUCCUGCUUUGCAAGGCUUUCUGUUAAGGAUGUUUUGUGGCUUUUGUUUGGAUUGCAGCAUGCAGAAUUACAGCUGUUCAGAGGAGACUCAUUACCACUCCUGCUGAAGCUCCUAAUCUUCCUCCCUUCUCUUCUGCCCCUAAUCCUUAACCUCACUGGCCUGAAGACACUGUACCCAGAGUUUGCCUUAACCCCUUGGUGCUAUGUGUAUGGUAAACCUGGUACUGUGGCCACAUCUGGGACUGGCCAGACAGCUGCUGCUGGGUCUCCCUAGUCCAAGGAGGAUUUAAAGGGGAGUUGCGCGGCAGGCAAUGCGCCAGAGAGCAGCUUCAGGAGCUUGGGGACUAAGGCUCCUCGGGCAUUACCACACACACACAGAGCUGGCCGCAAUGACAGCCGCUGCUCCUUCGCACUGUUGGUGGCAGCCAGGCGGCAGCAUCAAGUGAGAGAGCACUCCUGAGCACAAGAUGAACGCCACCCUGGAUGGCAACCAGAGCAGCCGCCCUUUCUGCCUCUUGGCGUUUGGCUAUUUGGAAACUGUCGAUUUUUGCCUUUUGGAAGUGCUGAUUAUUGUCUUUCUAACUGUAUUGAUCAUUUCUGGCAACAUCAUUGUGAUUUUUGUGUUCCACUGUGCACCGUUGUUAAAUCACCACACUACAAGUUACUUUAUCCAGACUAUGGCCUAUGCUGACCUCUUGGUCGGGGUCAGCUGCCUGGUUCCUUCCUUGUCACUGCUCCACUACCCACUUCCAGUAGCCGAGUCUCUGACAUGUCAGGCAUUUGGCUUUGUAGUGUCGGUGCUGAAGAGCGUCUCCAUGGCCUCUCUGGCCUGUAUCAGCAUCGACAGAUACAUCGCCAUCACUAAGCCUUUGACCUAUAACACCCUGGUCACGCCCUGGAGACUGCGCCUGUGCAUUUUCCUCAUCUGGCUGUACUCCACCCUGGUCUUCCUGCCCUCCUUUUUCUACUGGGGCAAGCCUGGAUAUCAUGGAGAUGUGUUUCAGUGGUGUGCCGAGUCCUGGCACACCGACCCCUACUUCACCCUGUUCAUCGUGAUGGUGUUGUAUGCCCCCGCCGCCCUUGUUGUGUGCUUCACCUAUUUCAACAUCUUCCGCAUCUGCCAGCAGCACACUAAGGAGAUCCGCGACAGGCAAGCCCGCUUCGGCAGCCAGAGUGGGGCGGCUGGGGAGGUGCAGGCCUGUCCCGACAAGCGUUAUGCCAUGGUCCUGUUCCGAAUUACAAGUGUGUUUUACACCCUCUGGUUGCCAUACAUCAUCUAUUUCUUACUGGAAAGCUCCACCGGCCACAGCAGCCGCUUUGCGUCCUUCUUGACCACCUGGCUCGCUAUUAGUAACAGUUUCUGCAACUGUGUCAUUUACAGUCUCUCUAACAGUGUCUUCCAAAGGGGACUGAAACACCUCUCAGGGGCCAUGUGUACUUCCUGUGCAAGUCAGACCAUAGGCAAAGAUCCGUACACAGUUAGGAGCAAAGGUGACCUUCAUGGAUGCCACAGCUGAAGAGAUUCAGUGACUGGGUUACUCUGUGU